GGUGGGGGAGCAUAGGAAUGAUCACCUUACAGCAAACUACUCCAUGCAGGGCACUGAUAUUCUAGAGAGACUAGAGAGAAUGGAGGCCCAAAUCAACAAAUUAGUCAGUUCCCUCCACAAACGCGAGGAGAGACGGGUGGAUGAAGUGAAGGAGGAGAAGAGGGUCAAAAAGUACCCAAACUCACCUCUUUUCAAAAACUGGGAUGCUGCUCUGACCGAGGAAGAACAGAUGGAGGCUGAGGAGUUGUUUCAGAGAUAUGGCUACAAUACCUUUCUGAGCAACCGUUUGCCAUUGGACAGGGAGCUACCUGAAACGCGACAUUAUAGGUGUUUGGAGCGGGAAUACCCAAAAGAUCUGCCCACCAUUAGCGUUGUGCUGAUCUACCUUGACGAGGCCCUGUCCAUAAUCAAGAGAGCCAUCUACAGCAUCAUCAACAGGACCCCUGCCCACCUCCUCAGAGACAUCAUCCUGGUGGAUGACCACAGCUCCAACGGUGACCUGAAAGAGCCAUUAAAUGCCUUUGUGAGUCUCAUUCAUGUGACUAGGCCUGGCUUGGUGAAACAGGUCAGGCACUCCAGCCAGCUAGGCCUAAGUCAGACGAGAAUUUCGGGGUGGAAGGUUGCCAGUGGUGAUGUGGUUGCCAUUUUGGAUGCCCAUAUUGAGGUCAACAAGGGCUGGGCAGAGCCGCUCCUGGCGCGAAUCAAGGAAGACCACACUGUGGUGCUAUCACCUGUGCUUGAUAAAGUGAGCUGCUAUGAUCUGAAGUUGACAAACUACAAGCCAUCAGCCCAAGGCUUUGACUGGGCAAUGUGGUGCAAGUACGAGGCAUUCCUCCCACAGUGGUAUGCCAGAAAUGAUGAGACACUUCCUGGAAAGAGUCCAUCCAUUAUGGGGGUACUGGUGGCAGAUCGUGUUUUCUUUGGGGAGAUUGGAGCUCUGGAUCCUGGCAUGAAAAUGUAUGGCGGAGAAAAUGUUGAAUUCGGACUUAGAGUGUGGUCGUGUGGUGGUAGCAUUGAGGUGAUUCCCUGUUCCAAGAUUGCUCACCUGGAGAGAGCGCAUAAACCUUACAUGCCAGAGCUGAAAUACUUGAUGCAGAGAAACGCUCUCCGGGUGGCUGAGGUGUGGCUGGACGACUACAAGCACAAUGUCAACAUUGCCUGGAGGCUCCCUCUACAGAACCAUGGCAUAGAUAUUGGUGAUGUGUCUGAAAGAAAAAAGCUGAGGGAAAAACUUAAGUGCAAGCCUUUCCAGUGGUACCUCGACAAUGUCUAUACCAGCUUAAAGCCAUUCAACAUUCUCAGCUAUGGCAAUUUGCAGAAUGACAUGAACACAGAUGCAUGUGUGGAUCAAGGCCCUGUUCCAGGACACACCCCCAUCUUAUACCAAUGUCAUUCUUACACCUCUCAGGCUUGCUACUAUCACUCAAGUGGCAAGAUAUACAUUGGAGAAAUCCAGUCCAACAUGGACCAAACUAACCGCUGUCUGGUGGAUCCAGGCUCGGGAGAAUUGCCACAACUACAUGAAUGCAAGAAGGCCAAAAAAACAGGCCUUAAUAUGCACUGGGACUUCAAACAGGGGUCUGCCAUACAGAACAGAGAGACAAAGAGAUGUUUGGAGGUAAAGGACAUUGAACUUGUCAUGCAGGAAUGCAGUGGUCAGAACUGGAGGAUUACAAAUGUGGUCAAAGAGUUUUGAAUUCCUGUAGAGCAUAUUUCAACAUAUUUAGACAACUGUCCUGUACCCCGUUUGCAAAGAUUUUUCAGAGUGACUGUACACAAACAGAAUUCAGAAACAGAUUCAUAAUCUCUGGUCUAGACAAGAGCAUAGGAGAUAUGCCAGGUUUGAGUUGUGCUACAAGUUGAAGUCGUUCUCUAUCUCCGUUGCUUCUAGCGGCACGGUGGUUAAAAAUAGUACGGUCCACAAUAGGGGUGUCUGAAAUCGCUUUACAUUAAAAUGUUCCUACAGUGGAAA